CUUUAUGUACAGAGAAAUUGUGGCUCAAAGUGGCGUAGCAGUGAUCGAUUGUUCCUGGGCUAAACUGGAGGAGACUCCCUUCAGUAAGAUGGUCGGAGCUCAUCCCAGGUUGCUGCCGUACCUCGUAGCUGCAAACCCCGUCAACUAUGGCAAACCUUGCAAGUUAUCUUGUGUUGAGGCUUUUGCUGCUACGUUCUGCAUUGUUGGUUUUGAAGAACUAGCAGUGCUCUUGUUGCACAAAUUCAAGUGGGGCAAAGUGUUCCUGGAUCUUAAUAAAGUUCUGCUGGACCGCUAUGCUGCAUGCCAGUCUGAGGAAGAGCUGCUCGCUGCAGAAAAGGAGUUCUUAACGUCUAAACCAGAGGAGGAGGAUUUUGAUCCAUUUGAUGUUAACUCAGGAGUAGAAUGUAGGAAUCUCAACAGACGCCUGUGGUAAGCAUUUAAUAUUGUCAUGAGUCCAAUAUGUUUAUAUCCUAUCCUAUCAGAUGCACUGUUUGUUUGCACCCCUAAUAUUCAUUGUAGGGAUGAAUAUUAGGGGUCGACAGA